UCUUCAGCUCCUGGUGCUGUGAGAUGCGCGCCCAUGACCGCCCACAGCGUCCUGGUCUCCUGGGACAUCCUGACGCCCACCCACGCCCGUGGACACCUCAUAGGCUACCGCGUCCUCUACGCCCCUGCUGACAGAGUCAAUGAGCUGAGUGGGGAGACGACAUCUUCAGCAAGCGUGACACUGCGGGGCCUGCGCCCCUACACUAACUACUCCCUGCAAGUGGUGGGCUUCACCAGGGUAGGUGAAGGACCCGCAAGUGAUCCUGUCUACUGUACUACAGAGGAAGAUGUGCCAGGGCCACCAGCAGGGGUGAAGGCAGCACUCUCGCGACCAGAGAGGGUGGUCGUCUCCUGGCUUCCACCUACCAACAGCAACGGUCGUCUGCUCACCUAUACCAUAACUAUCAGGGGUAGGGAAGUCAAGAGGUUCGUUGUGAGAGCGCCGACCAGCAAACACGAAGUGAGUGUUGGCAGAGACGCAGGCACAGUGCAGGUGGUAGUGUCAGCCAGCACCAGGAUAGGUGAAGGACCCACCUCGUCACCUGUUGUCAUCAACCCGGCUGGCACAGUGGCAGCGAGGGUGGUAUCCUGGGGCGGGGUGACUGCUGUACACUGGGAGGAGGACCUCAGCCUGCGAUGUGAGGCAGUAGGGGAGCCACCGCCCUCCCGUUCCUGGUACAGGGACAACACCCUUAUCAACGAUGCCUCUCACAGGCGGGUAUCCAGUUACCCCGACGGGACGCUGGUGCUGAGGGAUGUCCAGAGGAAGGACUCAGGCAACUACACUUGCAGAGUGGCCAACACUUACGGUGACGACCAUAUAACCUACGUCCUCACAGUCCAGGUCCCGCCGUUCCCUCCACACAUCCACGUGACGCGGACAGGAGCCACUACGCUGACAGUAGCGUGGCGGACGGGUGACGACGGGGGAGCACCGCUGCUGGGACUCACCGUCUCCUACAAGAAGGACUACGGUGAGUGGCAGGAGGAGACUGUACCUCCUACGCAGACUUCCCACGAGCUACGAGGACUCUCCUGCGGCAACCACUACGACCUCUACGUCACGGCUUACAACAAGGUGGGUGACGGAAGGCCCUCUGAGAAUCUCAGGACCAAGACCGCCGGCUCUCCGCCCAUCGCUGGCGGGCGUGAGGGCGUGGUGAGCGCCAACACCUCGUGGGCGGCCGUCAGCCUGGCUCAGUGGAGUGACGGAGGCUGUCCCAUUAGUCACUACAGUGUCGCCUACAGGAGAACCAGCAGUUCUACCUGGGUGGUUGUUAUUUUUAUUACUACUACAACUGCUGCUGCUGUUGCUGUAGCAGUAGCCAUUGUAGUUGUGUUUGCAAUGGUUGCACUAGCAACAGCAACGUUAAUGGCACUAGCAGCGAGAGCUGAGCACUAG